AGACACACACGAGGCGUGACGUAACUGAACGCGCACGUUGCUAGCUGCAGUUGGACACAAGCAAGAUGUCGACGAGGCGCGAACGACAGAAAGCAGCCGAUAACGUUCGGAUUGACGGUACAGCGUCGAAGCAGUAGAACUGUUUAGCCGUGCCAAAGGAGAUGUACUCGCCCUUGGUAUGAUGUAUAAAAAGCGAAAUGGUUCCAACUCUUAGACAUAUACGAUGUGUCCAUGGCAUCUAAGACACAGCAGAACGUGAUGGUGUUUGAUGAAGGCGGAGCGGCCAGUCCUGCAGCAGCUCCUGUGGCCAACCAUCUGCACCGUCGCUUUGGUAGGGCAAGCCGACGCAUUCUGGAGCAAGGUGAACAAGGCUCAGAUGGAAGCCACAAAGAGACAGGAACAAUAGGCCAAGCUGACGGGCAGCCAAGAGCAUCCAGCCGGUCACCCAUUGGACUGUCUGCCAUGAAACCGCCUCAACGUGACUUCCUGGCACCUGACAGCACCUGCAGAGGCAUUAGAGUGACUUUGGACAACAACAACAUGUGGAAUGAAUUCUUCAGGUGUAAAACUGAAAUGAUUCUCACCCAACAAGGCAGCAGGAUGUUUCCUUAUUGUCGUUUUCGCAUCUCGGGCUUGCAGCCAUCAAAGAACUAUGUGUUGAUGUUGGACAUUCAACCUCUAGACCAGAGUCAUUACACAUGGACUGGUACCAGCUGGCAGGUGGCCGGGAAGGCAGAAAGUCACAUCACAAGUCCACCAUUCACUCAUCCAGAGUCGCCUUCAACAGGUCAACAGUGGAUGCAGAAUCCUGUUUCCUUUUACAAACUGAAGCUCACAAGCAACAGAGCUGACAAAGAGGGCAACGCCGUACUACACCCAAUGCAUCGCUACGUGCCGCGCCUACACGUGGUCCAAACGGAGAAAGCUGCUAAAGACAUUAAGCUAAAUGGGUCCAAUGUUGCUACCUUCACUUUCCAACAGACAGAGUUCAUGGCUGUCACUGCAUACCAGAACUCUCAGUUUGCUCAGCUGAAAGUGGACUACAACCCAUUUGCCAAAGGACUGAAGGAGGAUGCCAAUGGGUCACGGGGCCUGAAGCUGAAAUCCAACAAGGAAGCACACCAAGAUGGACAGGCAAAAACCGGUGAGCAGCAACCUUUGAAGAGAAACUUGAAAUCUUUGCUUGCAAAUCAUAAAACUAGAAACUCCCUGGACCCAAAGCCUUCGGGGGAGGAUUCAGUCCUAAAAGCCUCCUCUGGAUCCGGAGCCACAGUUGUGAAGGACAUUUCCUGCAGCAAAUCACAGCCAGAACAGAAGUUAAUUGCUGAACUCAUUCGGGAGGCGCAUGUUUCCCUGAAAAGAUGCACUCUGGAGUCGCCGGGUGCCUCACAAACACCUGAGCAAACCAACACUAAAACCACACCAGAGAAGGGCUGCAGCCAAGAUGUUCCCAAAGAUGAUAAGACGUCUAUCCAAUCAUGUGAGGAAAUUUCACCACAAGAAAAGACUGACGGUCCAGACAGUGGAUGCAGUCUUCAUUUACUCAGCUGCUCUGACAAAGUGAGGACAGAAGUCGUUUCUGGACAUAAAUGUCAGUCCAAGGUUGGGCUAGAACACAGUGUUAAACGUCCAGCACUGCUUACUCUGCCAGCCUUGGCUCUGUUUCUGAAACAACAUUCAACUAAGAAAAAAGUCAAGAGCAACCUAGAAUCUCCUCCCAACCAAGCUCUUCCUGAUGUCCAAACAGGAACAGAUACAGCUUCUACAAAUCAGCCGAGCACUACAAGUUGUAACCUUAAACCCAACAACCGGGAUAUGAGCCCAAGCAGAGCAGACCACAUGACUACGAAUGUUCCUGGAAAAGUGAUUGAAUCCAUUCAACGGCCGUCCAGUCCCACUCUGUUAUUUCACGACACCAUGGCUUCUCCGGGACCAAAGGGCUCAAGAAAUAUUGAUUGUGUUCGGGAAAGCGGUGCACCAGAGCCAUUGGUGUUGGAGGAAAAAACAGUAUUAGCCAAUGAUGAGCAGUCAUUGAGUAACCACAGGAUUUUUAGUUCAGCUCUUACUACCUCAUCUUCAUCUCCCAUGUUGUCCCCCCUGUUUGACACACCAUUAGCUUCUACACAUGUUUCAAACACCCUGUCCUCAGAGUCCAAGUCUGUUGGAUUCCUUCCUGACUCACCCUGCUCACCCUUUGGCUUUGAGCCUUUGUCCCCUGCGAGUUCUCCGGAGCCACUGCCUUCUCUACCGGUCUCUUUUGAAUUAGACCUGGACUCUGUCACCUCUGAGCCUCCUGAGAGAUUGCCAGCCAGGGAUGAUUCUUGCCCAUCUGUCUUUAAAUGGCACACGGUGUUACCGCCUACGGAACCCUACGUGGACUCUUCCUUCGCAGAGUUUCAGCCCACAUCAACUCUUUCACUGGGGUCGUCUUUAUUGCCUUCUGAAACUCCCAACGUUUCAUCCCAGUCUCCAUCAAACCCUCAAUCCCAGACUUCCACUGACCUUCAGUCAAAGACUGUUGACGCACAGACUCUUAUCCAUUCCGAUGCGCCAGCUGUAGAUGCGCUUUCCUUUCAAGAGAAUGAACAGCCCCUACCCUUCCCGGGAGAACUGUCACCCCUUGCCCUUCCGUUGACUCUGUCUCCAACAUUCUCCUCUUUGGACGGGGAUGGUUUGUCACCCACACCUUCAAUUGCAGAUCUUGUGCACUUUUUUUCCACUGAUGAUCAUCUUGGAAUGGGGAUGGACUUUCCAAGCACUGAUUCGCUGACACCUCCUUGCCCGCCUGAUGCUUCAGGAGAAGUUAGUACAAACCGACAUCCUCAUCAUGUUCCAAUGGUCCCGUCCCCCAAAGAUUCGAAGUGCAAAAAGAGGUCACGACGGCAAAAGCUCGCCAAGACUGAUUUGGAUCAGAAGAUGGACGGCUCAGCCUACACAGCCAUGCAGCCUAACCUGGAAGAAGUCGAGGAGCAACUCUUUAUCUCCUUCACAUCCAAGGAGGCCCUCAAACUUCACAUAGCAGACUCUGAAGAGAAAGAAAUGAGCAGGCGUCCUGUGGCGUCAUCACAAGUUCAACUGCAGCAACUAACUGAAGAACACACAAAUGAAGAGACAAUAGCUGCCUUUGAGAAAGUUCUUCUAAAAGACGUGAAGAUGAUGAAGCACCAGCAGAUCAUCCACCCGGUGCUACAGGAGGUUGGACUGAAGAUGAAUCUGCUGGAUCCAACUCUGUCGAUCGACCUGCAGUACCUGGGUGUUCGUCUGCCCAUCCCUCCGCCUGGAACUUCUCAGGAGCCCCUUAGCCAAGAGCUGCCGCCAUUACAAAGUGCUUCCACAUCAUUUGUGUCAAGAACUGGGAAAACUACAGAUUUGACCCAGAUUAAAGGUUGGAGAGAAAAAUUUACUCCAUCUGAAGUGGUUUCUCCACCCUCCAAGGCCGAAGUGUGCACCGCCUCGGAGCAGAGCAAGAAGAACUUGUCUGCUUUCUGCAGCGACAUGUUGGAUCAGUACCUGGAGAGUGAGGCCAAGCUGAUCGACGAGCGUGCCACUAGUUUCUCUCAGCCGUCUGUAGAGCUGCCGCCACUCUACGAGCUGCCUGCCAGCAGCAACAGCUACGUGCGCCCCCUCAACAGUGUUCUCAAGAAGCCGACCUCUGAUCUCAUCUCUGGAUUCAUCCCGCCCUCCAAGAGAACCAGAGUCCCCAUCAGAGAGCAUAAAGCCAAUAGGAAAGGUGACAGGAAGCAGAAGAGUUACAAACCUGAAGCUGAUCAUGUUUCGCCCCAAUCUCAACCAGCAGUUCCAACCUCGGCAGCCACCCAGUCACAUCACAUGGAGCACCUCACAGAAUUGCCCAGAGAACCUCCAAAACCAGAUAAAGCACCCCCCAGUGUCCAAUCGUUGUUAGCCAAGCGGACAGAGCUGUUCCUAGCUCCCCCUCAACGUCCUGCUCUCAAUAGGAGAAAAGAAAAAAUCAAAUCUAAAACCUCCUCUAAGGUUCUCAGCCCGCCCUGGCGAAAGGCAGGUUUUCCCCCUCUGGAGUCUGACUCCGAAGUGGAUGGUGGAAACCCUCCUGGUGCCUCUGGACCGUCUGUGACCCAAGGCCUGCUCAGACAGAAAGACUUGGAGGAUGGCGUUAUAUGGGGCGGUCGACCUCGCACUUUCAUCACAGAAGAAAGAGCAACCAUUGCUCUGACGUCCCUCUUCACCUUGAUGGGAUUCGUGUGCGACAACCCCACUGCUCCAAUCCAGCUGCCCCGCAGGCCCGCCGCCCCCUGCCUCAACGACUUCUGCCGGCUGGGCUGCGUCUGCUCUAGCUUGGCCUACACGUCCCGCAUCAGCCAUUGUGGACGGCCACAAUGCAUGCUGGGAUGCAGCUGCCUCAAGCAGAAGGUGGUCCUGCUCAAGAACCUGGACGGCUCAGAUUCAAGCCCCUCCCAUCACGGCACCGGCAAGAAGAAGAAAAGGAAAAGGAUGAAGAUGGCCUACAUUCUGAAGGAGGCUGACAGCGUCUCUCAGCCUGCCGAUCGGGUGCGGACUCUCUGGAAGAGGGACAGUAGUGGCUUGGACCCGGAGCCCAUCCACUCGCCAGAACCUGCCUUGCGGUCCUCCUGCACCGUCUCCUCUAGGAUAUCUUCAAAAGUGAGCGAGGACUCUGCCAGCUGUGCGCGAGUGAGAAGAUUUGCAGGAAAGGUCGGAGCAAUACAGCAGGAGGUGCUCGAGGUCCCUCCACCCAAACCUCGCAGGAGAAAAUUCCUAGGAAGAAAAAACAAAGUGCAUUCAGGAGCUCCACAAGCUCAGCUGGUGGCAUCCAGUCCACCUCAGAACCUUUCAACGCACCCAAAGCCAUCGAGACGCCUGACUGUCCUCACAGAGUGUCGCUGGAAAUUGAACGGUGACCGUGAUUAUGUGCUCAAGAAGCUGUGUGAAACCAUGGCCCAGGACCGCCUUGAUAAGCCCUUCUGGGCCAGGAAGUACCACAUCAAUCCCAUCAGUCAAACAGUGGAGGAGACCGGCACUGGACGCUGCAUCCACUACAAAGUCCUCAUCAGCAGACGUGACAAACUUCAGCAGGAUGACUACACUGCACUGGUGGAGGAGGAAGUGGAACCUGUAAAGGAUGGGCAGAGACAAGCGGUAGAGGAGGCGGAGUCAGUGGAUGACUGGCAGAGAGAAGUGGAAGAGGAGACGGAGCCUGUGGAGGAGUGGCAGAGGGAGGUCAUGGAGGAGGACUUGGUGGAAGAUUGGCAGCGCGAACUUAAUGAAAGCGAUCUGGAUGAGCAGCAGGUACAUGAUGGGAGUGAGUGCUUGAAUAUGGAGAAGAGGAAGCACAGUGUCCGUAUGGCUCUACCUUUCCUGACGGGAAUCUCCCCUGCCGGCUUCCUGUCAGCCAGCAAACAGACGCCAGACGGCUACGAUCCUAUCCAGGUCAACGGAAAGUUGUAUCCACUGGCCAAGAUCCAGUUGGGGGAGAUGGGGGCGCUCCACCCUGCCAACCGCCUGGCAGCUUAUCUGACGGGUCGUGUGCUGGGCAACAAAAAGCCGCAAGCCCUGACCUCUUUAGCUGAGCCCCCUCAGUCCUCAUCUGUGCUCCCUCCUGUCACCGUGACAACCUCCAAUUCCGUUCCCACCACGUAUAUCACCAUCCCACCCCCACCGGUUGGAGCCUCUGGCCUUCCAGCGCCUCCUGCAGUGGUGCCCACAGUAGCCAUCAAGACUGUGGUGUCAACGAACCACAUCAUGAAGGCUACCAUGAACUCUGUGAGAUCCAAUCAACAGUCAGCCCUCACCCCAGGGUUGGCACCCCCUACCAAUUCUCAACGGUUAAUGGUUCCACCACCUCGCACCCCCAUCAGGCUUCCUGUCUUACCUUGUCCUCAGCCCCCCCUCUCCUCUUCAGUCAGGAUGGUUUUACGCCAAGUUCACACCCCAACAGGUAUACGAUACUACCGCAAACCGGAUGGAAAACUAGUCCAGCUGAUCCCAGUGAGUCAGCUGAGAGCCCCCAGCACCGCUGUCAAGACUGGUUCGGCAACAUCUGUACUCAUGGAUUCUUCUAAUUAUCUUACGGCGAGUAGUGCAACUACCCGUCCAACGGCAUCUAGCUCCACCUACAACAUGUCUGGCCUCAAGUCUUUCACUGUGACCAAGGGUUCCGGAUCCCUGAGCAAAAAUGGAAUGUACACCUUAAAAAUUCUUCCCAUUAGGUCCACAACAGAUCCUGUCCCGCUCAACUCCCAGAACGUUCCGGCCCCGCCCACAAAGCUGACCACGACCAACCCGCUCGUGUCGGCAGUCCACAGUGUGAAGCCAGGGAUAAAAGCUGGGACUGUCACGGGUGAUUGUGAAGACGAAACCACGGUAACUACUCUGAGAUCAGAGGUCACACCUUCACCCACCCUAAUUCACCCCGCAUCUGAGCCCGCUCGGGACUUGGUUGACCUGGAUAUCAUCUGCGUGGACGAUCAUGUGGAUGCUGGGAAGGACCUGGGAGCCAAGCGCAUAAUCCAAGAAGUCAAUCUGCUGGAUUCAUCAAGCAGCGAGACGGAAAACUCGUCUGACUUCACAGAUGACUCAAGUGAUGAUGUUGAUAUGGACAUCACUAGUGGGUCAUCUCAGGUCAAAAGCGUCAAUUCGUGUAAGGUGGUCAUGGAGAGAAUGCGGCGUCAUAGGAUAUCACAGUUGGUUGAUGCAUUGAAGUGUGAGGUCCAACUCGAUGCCAACUCGUCGACCCUUGCCACUUUGAAUACGGCGAUCCAGGUGAUCGAGCAACUCAGGACCAGCGAAAAGCGCCUGAAGAGAAAGAAGAUGGUUCUGGCCAAGAGAAGGGACCGCUUGUUUGCCGUCAUCGUCCCCUCCGCGGCCACAGGUCCCAGCCGCCAUGAUGUCUCACCUGAGACGCAGGCAGGAAGUCCAGGCACAGUGGAAGCUGAUGGGCUGAGAUUGGCAACGCCGGGCAAGAAAUUUCAUGAGGUCACCAAAAAGAAACGAUGUGUGCCCAAAAACAAUGUCAUUGCUUUCAAGUCAGGGGGCGACACCAUUGAAGAGCUCAAUGAGUGUCAACAGCACCACCUGCAAACUCAGACUUGUCAAGAGCUCAAUUCCAGAGUGAAGACUCCUCAGGUCUGCGAGGACCUGCAGCGAUGUACCAGAACCAACAGCCAUCAGUCAGGCAAUGAAGAUGACAAGGAUGUGUCCUGCAGUCAGAAACUUUGCAAUGAACAAGCUCCUCCCACUCCUGCUCUUAACGCCCCUUCACCUGACCAGAGAGCUUCCCAUCAGCUAGAGGUGAGCACUCCAAGAGACCAGGUGGUCACACCCACUUCCUCCAACAACGAACAAGUGGUGAAGAACCGGCUCAAGACCACACCCAACAUCUUAUGUCGCCGGAAGAACCUCUCCUUGCCUGGUCAGGACAUCAUACCAGCUGACACUCUGACGGUGGUGGCCACAGCAUUGCCAGGGCAAUCAGUCCUAACUCUGAGCCCACUGAUGGCAGGACAGCUAGCGUCUUCUUCCAUAGCAGGCGCUGCCCCAAUCAACCUCAACCUUCCCAGUGCGACCAAUCAGCACAUGUACCUGGCCGCCAUGCCCCUCCCACCAACCACUGCCAACUUGAACAACCUCUUCCACUUGGCUCCUCCCACAAACACACUGCAACCGCACACGACCGAGUGUCCACCUCCUGGUCCCGUGACCCUGUUCCUCGGCUCUGCCGGAUCCGACCCAACUUCAGCCUGCAAGCAAAAAGUGGAGAGGGAUGGAGAUGGUCUCAAGCCACUCGUCGAAGAGAUCACCUCACUUGAGAGUGCGGCUAUGAUGGACAAAGUGUCAAAGGUUGCAUACGAGAAAGUUUCCGACGAGAGCUGUAAAGGAGCCGUGCUGACUCCUCCUCCGCUGCUGCACAUGAAGGUGGGUGGGGCAAAGACGCCGUGCCCUCCUAAGACAGAGACUUCAUUAGAGGCACGGGACGAAACGUCGUGGCGGCCAAUGCCCAGGUUGGUUCCUUUGGGCAUAAGAGGAAACCCGCCCAACUGAUGACAUAUCAGUGAUCACUCUUCAGCUCACACCAAGUCAGGUGAACUCUGUUGACCUUGUUAGUUUAUUCCAAAGUUUUAUUUUUUUACAUUGUAAAUGGUGACACUUAUUUAAAUAAAGUUUGACCUGUGCUUUUUAAAAUACAUGCAAUUGUUUUUUUCUGUUAAAAGAAAAGGUGUGAUCACAGGUUGACAACAAAAUACUCUGAUCGAACCAAUUUUUCCCAUAAGACAUAAUGUAAAGCCAAAAAUGUUAACACAAAACAUGUUUUUAUAUUUUUAAAAUUAAAGGAUAAUUAC